AUGAACUGCUCCUGCUUAAACCUAUCUAUGGAAACGGAACAUAGUAACUCGCAGAAUAUGGCGACUAAUGAAAAUAAUAUUACCUUUAGCAACAAACGUGACUCCAAGAAUAUUACGGUUCGCAAGAAAACAACGGAAAAAGAAGCGGUCGAAUCCUCGAAGCUAGACUAUGCGGCCGAAAUACGUAAUCUGCGGCAAGAAGUUUCGAUGCUAAGAGAUCACUUAGAAACGGCUAUAUCCUUAAUACAUAGUUGUGAAGUAAAGAUAGAUGCCUACUCUGAUCGUAUAUUUUCAAUUUUCGAAAAAGUAAAACCGGAUAACUGUCCUGUACAUCCUAAAAUUAUUACAAAAGAAAAUGUGCAACUGGUCUCUAAAAAAUCGAAAUUAAAAAAUGCGAAUAAAAAUAAAAAUAACAAGAAAACUACACCUAUUCCCUCUUUACAAUCACUAGAAAAGGAGAAGGAAAAAAGUAGUAAAAACUCGGUUUCGCCGAAUUAUAAGCCGGAUGAACUGCAACCUGUGCAAAGGAAGAAACAUCCUACUACUGUGUGCGGCGCGGCUAGUCCCAGUGUCACCACGCUGAAAGCUGUUCAGCCCCGUCGGUUUCUUCACCUUUGGAAUAUGGAGUCCAGCGUGGAAGAAGUUAGGGGCUACCUUCAACAACUAUGUCCAGGAAGUGUAUGUGUGGUCGAAGAACUGAAAGCACGCGGUAACUACAAAUCCUAUAAGAUUGAAGUGCCGGCAAUUUGCUUUGAUACUUGUUUGUCCGCCGAAGUGUGGCCAAUAAACGCUAAAAUAAAAAUCUGGAAGGCACGUACUACGAAACCUGUUGGAAUGUCUCAAACGCGACUCAAUCCGCCCUUUCGUGACACAACGACGCCCCUUACAUCAAGUCAAGAGUAA